GUUAUAAAUAAUGAACUCACAAAGAGCCAUAGAAAUUGUAGUACAUAUAUAUCAUGUUAUUUGCAGUACAUACUUGAUAGCUAAAUCAGAUUUUAUCUUUUCGAAAAUAGUAAACAGUGGUGUAAUUUGAAAUUGAACAUAUUUCAAAAAUCGUCAUGGGACGCAGGUAUUAUUGUGAUUAUUGUGACAAAAACUUCAUAGAUGAUCUAGAAGCUAGAAGAAAACAUUUACAAAGUUCUCAUCACAUAAAACUGAGAAAUAUGCAUUAUGAAGCCUGUAGAGAACCAGAAACAGUGUUGAAGGAAGAAUUGUUAAAAACUCCUUGCAGAAGAUUCUUUCAAUAUGAAGGGGGUUGUCCGUUUGAGGGAAUUUGUCGGUAUACACAUUAUUCUCCCGAAGAACUUUGUGAACUUAGACAACAAGGUAUGUAUAGUAUGUAUGUCGUACUGAGUACCCACUCAUUCUAGUAUGUCAAAGUUAGU